AUGAAACGAUACGGUUCCGAAAAGGACGCGUUUAUUGCUUGCUGUGAAUUGAAUUGUGAAUGUGAGCAUCGGCGAUUGACUUCGCUGGUGUGGUGGUCGUGCAGCGUGGCUGUAUGGGAAGUUCUGGGGGAACCCUGGAGAUGCGACCUGUUCCCAUGGAUGUUCAGCUGUGUGCACAUCCUGGAGUUUUCUAUGGAUGUUUAG